GAAGAAGAAACUUCUCACGAAUCACGACAGCAAAUUCUGUAAUGCGACAUGUCGAAAAACAAGCUGGAUGAAAUGCGGCACUGAGCAAUACUUGAUGUUGUUUAGUUGUUGUUAAUAGAGAAACUGGCACAUCAGGCUUUUACCCACGGGUUUGUCUAGUGAUCUUGCCCCCAAAAAAAGCGAUGCUGGUCACCGUGUUCUGCGCGCCGACGGAUCGCCCAGAAACCACCUUCGCCCUCGAUGUAUCCCCAGAGCUGGAGCUGAGAGACUUUAUAGCACUUUGUGAACUGGAAUCAGGAAUCCCAGCUGGGGAAAUUCAGAUCACAUAUGUAGAACAGCCCCUAAAAGACCCUACUCGUGCCUUGGGGACCUAUGGUGUUAAGGAUGGAGAUGUGGUGGUUCUCAGGCAAGCUGACAGAAGGCCCCCACCGACUCAGCCAGCCUUUCCAGGUCUGCCCCAUAUUGACUUUCGUUCCAUCACAAUCCCUGGCACAUCUUCAACUAGUCAACAUGGUGCCAUAAGGCCGCAGCAACAGGCUUCACAGCAGCCGCCGCCGCAGCCUCAACAGCAGCCGCAGCGCGCGGCACAACCUUCCACACCAAUGGCCUUUCGUGGCUCCUCUCCUCAGGGACUAGAUGACCCUGCCUUACUCCAGCAAAUGCUAUUAUCCAAUCCACAUGAGCUUUCACUUCUCAAGGAGCGAAACCCGCCACUUGCUGAGGCCCUGCUGAGCGGAGACUUGGAGCGUUUCACCAAAGUGCUGCAGGAGCAACAGCAGGAUCGAGCCAAGAGAGAGCAGGAGAGGAUCAGGCUUUUGACUGCUGAUCCUUUUGAUUUGGAUGCCCAAGCUAAGAUUGAGGAGGACAUCAGGCAGCACAAUGUGGAAGAAAACAUGACCAUUGCAAUGGAGGAGGCCCCAGAAAGCUUUGGACAGGUGGUUAUGCUCUACAUUAACUGCAAAGUCAAUGGGCACCCUGUGAAAGCUUUUGUUGACUCAGGAGCCCAGAUGACCAUCAUGAGCCAAGCAUGUGCUGAGCGCUGUAACAUCAUGCGGCUGGUGGACCGUCGCUGGGCCGGGAUUGCCAAAGGAGUUGGCACCCAGAAGAUCAUUGGCAGAGUUCAUUUGGCUCAGGUCCAAAUAGAGGGGGACUUCCUUCCUUGUUCUUUCUCCAUCUUGGAGGACCAGCCAAUGGACAUGCUGCUUGGCCUGGAUAUGCUGAAGAGACAUCAGUGUUCGAUAGACCUGAAGAAGAACGUGCUUCUAAUAGGCACUACAGGCACCGAGACUCGCUUCCUGUCUGAGGCCGAGCUGCCAGAGUGUGCCCGGCUGGCAUACGGAGCCGAGGGGCGUGAAGACGCCCGUCCAGAUGAGAUUGGUGACAGAGAACUGGCAGAGGCACUUCAGAGGUCCAUACAGGAAAGCGACACUGCAGAUGGACAAACUACCUCACCGCAGCCCCCACCAUUUACAUUACCCAGAACCUUAGACCAAAUGUCCUCAGCCACCUCCCCUUCCCAAAGCCCUUCCCCUGGCCAGCCCCAAACCCUGGAUCGCUCUCAGUCCGCACCGGCCGCCAUGGAGCAGGCCUCAGCACCAGGGCUGUGCCGGGACCCCCCUGGCCUCCUGGACCUUCCUCUGACUUCGUCCUCAGCAGAGGAUGCUGAUUCUGCACCUCAUCAGGUCCACUCUCACCCUCUGCCUGUCCAUAGCAACUCCAGCAACAAAGUGUCCCCUGUACCCAGUCCCUCAACAGAUGUCCAGCCUGGACAUGCAGAGGGGUGUAAUGGAUCAGAUGAGGCGAUGAACAGUCCCGUGCUCCCCCAUCAAGAGGAACUUUCCCCCAUUCAACCCAUGGAGCAGGAGGGGACUGAGUCUGACGCCGCUGAUGCCACGGAAGCCCGUCCGAGUGCUCCUGACAAACAGGACUCGGUGGAAAUGGAGUCCCCCACUGCCUCGCAGGGCGCGGCGUCCUCUGAGAGGGACCAGCCUGAAGGGGAGCACUGCUCCAGCUCCGACAGCAUCCCGUCGCUGGCGGCCGCUCUGAUGGAGCUUCACGAGCUGCUGGUGUCCAACAACCUAUCUCAGUCCCAAAACCACAGCACCUCCUGCUCAGACGAAGCGGGCCCCGAGCCACGCACCCCAAUGCCCGAAAACACCCAGCGUAUCCCCUCCACUGCCAUCGCAGCCGGUGCAGAACCGAGCGACGCCAAAGCCAACGAUGCUGCUGCCGUGUCUGACGAGGGACCAUCUGCGUGUCCUGUGCCGGACCUCUCUGGCCACGAUGAGCAUCUAGGCGGGGAUACAGCAGAGACCGUGGAGGGACAAGGACCAGCGCAGUGUCCAGACGACCCCGGGGAGAGGAGGGCAGGUAGAUGUGGGCCAGAUGAAGCAAAAACCAUCAGCGGGUUUCAGCCUGAGCCCGAGGUUCCUCCUGAGGGGCAGCAGGGGAGAGGGGUCGCAGACGGACGAGCCUCCGGCACCAACACCCCAGACACUCUUGGCCUCCAGACUGAGCACACUUUUCUCAGCCCGCUGUCUAUGGCAGUGGGCUCACCUGAGGAAGUCUCUGGCACGUCCUCCUCCUCUUCCUCUCCUCUUGCUCAGGCUCCCCAGCUUGCAUCUCCAGCCCCUGUUCUCCCGCCUCCGCAUCCCUUUAUAGAACCAUUUCCAGCCGAGCACAUCCAGCGAAUCCAGGCAGCAGGGUUUUCUGCCGGGGAGGCAGCAGAGGCACUGGAACAGGCCCACGGGGUUGUGGAGCUAGCUCUACUGGCACUACUAGCCCGCAGUAUCACUGUGCCCACCUAGACUCACAACUAGUCCUACGAGUCCCCAGCCUCCCAACUCAGCAUCUGUUUUAUUUAUACCUUGUUACUGAUCCAGAUGUCUGUCCUUUUUUUUCCUUUUUUUUUUAAAGCAGGGAGCACGUAUAAACACAGGGAAAUGCUGUCCUUUUGGUUUGUCGUACAGAAUAUCUAAGAACAAACCGGACCACUAGUAAUACUUUUCUGGAUAUUGCAUAUGUGAGGUGUGUUUGCAUGCAGAUGUUUUGGGUGGCCACCCAUCUCAUUGGAUUUUAGAGAUUUGGUAUGGUAGAUUGAUUUUCUUCUCGUUUUGUCGUCCACCGUUGACACAUUAUUAAAUGCCCAACGUAUGAUUGAUUCUUUAACCAUUAAACAUUAUUAUAAUUUCCCCUUUCGAUAUGUCAUAAAACUAUUGUUGUGGAGCAUCAAUUAAAAAAUAAAGAUAAAAAAUAAAUCUCAAAAUGGAGUAGGGUUGCUCCUACUCUAUUCCAGAAUAGCUCUGUCUGGUGAGCUUUAUAUCAUUCAGCACAAAUAUGGAUAUUUGAAGCAAUUUGCUGAUAAAUAAAGCAUCAUGUUGAUUGUUGUUGUUUGUAGCCCCUUCAAUUCACAAAUCGGAACACGAUGGAAACGCUUCAUCGUGGGAACUGCUGCCGUUUAGAAGGGUUGAACAUUUUUGAUCAAGUUUACAAAUAACUGUCUCCACAUGGAGAGUGGAACCCCCUUUAACCACGGCUGUUCUCACACGAAAAUAACAAGUGAGCCACACGUGUGUUUGUUGGCAUUUUUAAAUUCAGUAUGUGUAUUACAGAAGGUAUCUUGUACUGUGUGUAUUAUUUUCCACAGUUUGAAAGCUUUGCCAUGUGUAGAUUACAAAACUGUUCGUAGCUCCCGUUCAGAAAGACCUUUUUUAUUUUGUGUCAAAUCAAAAUAGUGUGUGUACCUUUUUAAAAACACCCAUUUUCAUUUUGUAAUUCAUUAAAAUAUUGCCAUGUCAGUACAUCAUUUAUUAAGAAUUUUAAUGGCUUUAUUUGAGUCCUAUACCAACAAUGUUCAGGCAGAUUGAAUUAUCUACUUUUAUCUUGUAUGACAUUUUAAAUUGCAAAUAAAAUGGAACAAGUAUUUGUA